AAUAUAUUUGGUGCUUGGAAAAGGUGCCAGACCAUCCUGUUUUGGAAGCUGUAGAUCACUUCAUCAAUAAUAUGAAUGUUGCUCUUCUGCAACGGGUAGCAGAAUUGGAAAAAGUCAAUGCUGAAUUUCUGCGCACAAAGCAGCAACUUGAGCAAGAAUUUAAUCAAAAGAGGGCAAAAUUUAAAGAGUUAUACUUGGCUAAAGAAGAGGACCUAAAAAGGCAAAAUGCAGUGCUACAAGCAGCACAAGAUGAUUUGGGACAACUGCGGACACAACUAAUGGAAGCCCAGGCUGAAAUGGAGAACAUCAAAGCUGUAGCUACAGUAUCAGAAAAUACAAAACAGGAAGCUAUUGAUGAAGUAAAGAGACAGUGGCAAGAAGAAGUGGCUUCACUACAAGCUAUUAUGAAAGAAACCGUUCGUGACUAUGAGCUCCAGUUUCAUCAUAGACUGGAGCAAGAGCGAACUCAAUGGAACCAAUAUCGGGAAAACAUGGAAAGAGAAGUAGCAGAGUUGAGAAGGCGGCUAUCUGAAGGGCAAGAGGAGGAAAAUCUAGAAAAUGAAAUGAAAAAGGCCCAGGAGGAUGCUGAGAAACUGCGUUCAGUUGUGAUGCCAAUGGAGAAGGAGAUUGGAGCUUUAAAGGAGAAACUGAUGGAAGCUGAAGAAAAAAUAAAAGAACUGGAGGCUUCAAAGGUUAAAGAACUAAACCACUAUUUGGAAGCUGAGAAGUCAUGUAGGACAGAUUUAGAGAUGUAUGUGGCUGUCCUCAAUACACAGAAAUCAGUCCUGCAAGAAGAUGCAGAGAAAUUACGGAAGGAAUUGCAUGAAGUCUGUCAUCUCUUAGAGCAAGAACGGCAACAGCACAACCAGUUGAAACACACGUGGCAAAGGGCCAAUGAUCAAUUUUUGGAGUCUCAGCGUUUGCUGAUGCGGGAUAUGCAACGUAUGGAAAUUGUUCUGACCUCUGAACAGCUGCGACAAGUUGAAGAAUUAAAAAAGAAGGAUCAGGAAGAAGAUGAGCAGCAGAGACUUGGCAAAAGAAAGGAUCAGAAACAAAAAGAUCCAGAAGAUGAAACAAAAGUAGUAUGUUCCCAUGAAGAAUCCCUUCCACAGUUCUCUAAUGAAGAGGUGCAUUUAAAUAGCACCCAUGGCUCAGUCCAUUCUUUGGAUGCAGACUUGCUGUUGUCUUCUGGAGAAUCAUUCAAUAAAUCAGAUAGUGAUAUGUUUAAAGAUGGACUUCGGAGAGCACAGUCAACAGACAGCCUGGGGACAUCUGGAUCUUUACAGUCCAAAACUUUAGGAUACAACAACAAAGCAAAAUCUGCUGGGAAUCUGGAUGAAUCAGAUUUUGGACCACUAGUUGGAGCAGAUUCAGUUUCUGAGAACUUCGAUACUGCAUCCCUUGGGUCUCUACAAAUGCCAAGUGGAUUCAUGUUAACCAAAGAUCAAGAAAAAGCAAUCAAAGCAAUGACACCAGAGCAAGAAGAGACUGCCUCCCUUCUCUCCAGCGUUACACAGAGCGUAGAAAGUGCAUACGUGUCCCCUAGUGGUUACCGCUUAGUUAGUGAGACAGAAUGGAAUCUACUUCAGAAAGAGGUGCAGAAUGCAGGAAACAAGCUGGGUAGACGCUGCGAUAUGUGCUCGAAUUACGAGAAGCAGUUGCAAGGUAUCCAGAUUCAGGAAGCUGAGACAAGAGAUCAGGUGAAAAAGCUGCAGGUGAUGCUGAGGCAGGCUAAUGACCAAUUGGAGAAAACAAUGAAAGAUAAACAGGAGUUGGAGGAUUACAUGAAGCAAAGUGCUGAAGACUCUUCUAAUCAGAUCUCUUCACUUCUUGUUAGAUGUCAAGAGUCUGAGACUUUACUCCGUGAAUUACAUCAGGCAUUUUCCCAUGCAAAGAGAAGCGUUCAGGAGCAAAUGGCUGUCCUGACACAGUCAAGGGAGGAGGUCUCGGAGGAGUUGGUGAGAUUACAGAAAGAUAAUGAAAGCCUUCAAGGAAAGCAUAGCUUGCAUGAGUCUUUACAGAAUGCAGAAGACUUCAUUCUGCCAGAAUCCAUGGAGGAACUCCGUAAAUUGCUAUUAAAAUACCGUGAGGACAUCAUUAGUGUACGGACUGCAGCAGAGCACCUUGAAGAAAGACUUAAGGCAGAAAUCUUAUUCUUAAAAGAACAGAUUCGAGCUGAACAAUGUUUGAAGGAAACUAUAGAAGAAACUUUACAGAUGGAAAUAGAGAAUUGCAAAGAGGAAAUAGCUUCCAUUUUCAGUCUGCGAGCUGAACUGGACAGAAUAAAAGUGGAAAAGGAACAGUUGGAGAACACCUUGCAGGAGAAAACACAGCAGCUGGAGAGUCUUCAGGAAAUGAACAAAACUUGGGAAGAGCAUCUGAAGAAGGAAACUGCUGCAAAGGCUAACCUUGAGCAGCUGAUGUUUGAAGAGAAGAAUAAAGCUCAGCGGUUGCAGACUGAAUUAGAUGUCAGUGAGCAAGUACAGAGAGACUUUGUAAAGCUUUCUCAGACCCUUCAGGUGCAGUUGGAACGGAUCCGGCAGGCAGAUUCCUUGGAGAGAAUCCGGGCGAUCCUGAAUGACACAAAACUGACAGACAUUAAUCAGCUUCCUGAAACAUGACACCCUGAGGGGCAGAGCUCCGAGGCUGCGUCUGGGGUUUUUAACUCAUCUUUAUAGCAACAUUAAUUAUUAUUUAACUCUAACUGAAAGAGCAGAAGACAACAGAGGGGAGCAAUGACUGAGUUGUUUCUCGAGGGGAAAAGGUUUUGUACAGGGCAGGAAGAGAGCACCAGGGAGAUUGCAGGCUAGAAGAGAACUCUCUAAUGGGAACACUAAUGGGUGCAGUGUUUGUGUUCCACUGUAAGUGGGAUCAGUCCUCACAUCCUGAAAAACUUUUCCCUUUUGGCCAACUUCUCUAACCUAAUGUAGAUUUCUGGAACCUAUUCCCCUCUCCCAAAAUACUGUGAUCAGAAUAGCUGCUGGAAACCAUAAUGUCCCUCAAAACUCCUUGAAGAGCAGAGUGGUUGACAAUUUUCUGUUUGAAUAGUCAGUAACAGUAUUCCGCUAGCAGAGAGAAUGAAGUGUAGUAUGCUGUAUGAAUAUUUUAUAUUAAAAUAUGAAUUUAUUAGCAGGACACUGGAUAUUGAUUUUCUUUCCAAACUCAGUGCUUUUUUUGGUUUUUGGGUUUUUUUUUUAACCAUUGCCCUUGUGCUGAAGAAUCUGAAUACUGUUGAAAUGUGAUGACUAUGAGUGAGCUGCAUAUCUCAUGAGCAGGUAAAAAGCUAAUCCAAAAAAAUGAAUGAGUAAUGAGACAUUCAGUUCCUUUGAAUUCCACGUUAAAUUCUGGGGUUCAAGAAAAGCACAACAACUGCACUGUUUGGUACCUCUUUGUACAGAGUUAAGUCAGCAGAUGCUUUUUUAACUCUAAACCUGAACAAUUUUACUAGUCCCUUGUAAGUGGUAAGAUUAGUAGGAAAAUUCUGUGCACUGUCAGUGCAGUGAGCUUUACACAACUCUUCUCCACUGCAGUGCACAGCACCAUGCAUGAACUACUAGCUUUUAUACAACUUUGUAAAAAGGGCAGAAGAUUGUGCUUUAAAAUAGCCUGAUUUCCCUGCCCCCCCCUUUCUCCCCCCCCCCCAUGCAAGUUAGGUGAAUGCUACAUGAAACACCAGUUACAUUCUGUAUCGGACUACAAAUGCAGCGUGAGCUGUAUUGUGUAGGUUCAGGUUUCAAAAGUCCAGUGCAUCUGUUACCAAUAUGGCAGCCUGGUAUUGCUUAAAGCAAAGGAAAUACUCCUAAACCACACUGUUACUUGUUUCUGUAAUUAUACGUUCAAGUAACGCUAUGCAACACAACAGCAGACAGCAGAAGGAUGACCAUGUUGUGAGUCUCCAAGUGUUGGCAUGGGUUUCUUGUUACCCAGAUGUAUGGUGUUUAACAUGAACAUUCCUGUAGUUAGUGGAAUUCUAUGCGCUAAGGUCAGCUGGCUGUGGUUUAGGUACCAUCCUUUGUUGAUUACAAGCAGCGUUGCAGCCUGAAUAUCUGAACAUGGCCCCUGAUUUAGAACCGAAUUCCCUACCUAGAGGAAGAGGGGUUAAAUGGAUUGAUCUGCUUUUGUAGUGUAAAGGUUAGUGGGGGUAAUGCUUUUUGCUUUAACCUGUUGCUUCUCUUUUAUAAUCUCCAAAGCAGUAAAAUUUACAAGGUAAAGGGAAAGCUAGAGAAAGAAAAUGCCCUCCAAUUUUUGUGCGUGCAAUUACUAUUUUGGUCUGACUUUUAAACACCCCCCAUACACACACUUUAAACACCCCCACCCAAAGCCAGAGCCACUCUGCUAAACUAAAACAAGGACUGAUUGGUUUUGAAAAGGGGACUGCCUUAAAGAACCCCAGAUGAAGCACACGUGGCUAAUGCUUUGCCCGUGUUAUUAACUUAUUUCCCCUACCAUCCCACAUCCCCUGACCCAGUUCAGGAAUAAGCCAAUCUGACAGGCAGUAAGAGUGUUGCCUGUCAUGUUUUGACAGUGUGCUUAAAAAUGAAAUCUAACAUCUCAAGUAAGUAGCCAGAAUUCCUUGCUGAUUGUGGCCUGACGGGAGCUGCUGCCCGCUGCUAACUUUUUGACACCAAAUCUUAUUUAUUAGCACCCAUAGCUUCCUAAAACGUACAUGCACUGUUGUGUGCAUGUGCACUUGAACUGCUGGGCCUUUAUUAGCAGUAAAGGCAAGAGAUUGUUCCCCGUUCUCCUAAACUAACUCCAACAUCUUUCUUGUACCUAACUUCUGCAGUGGAGCAUUAAGGAGCCUGCUGCUUUACAAGACCUGGACUAAACUACUUCAACAUAGCUCUGCAGCAAAUUGAACACUUUAUUUCAAGAAACACACUCAAUAAUAACCUGAUGCAAGAAACUGGGAGUUGAGUUAAGGUUGGUACCUCUUUGUACCUUCCACUAUUUGGAUAAAGCAAGGAAAGCAGCUUUUAGUCAUGGAACACGCUUCAAACCACUGCCACUUUCCUUUCUCAACCUCCCCUACCUCCUUUUCUGAGCCAUAUCUUCUCCCUCCAUACUUACUAUUGAACAGCCACCAUUCAGCCUUAUCUCAUGACCAAGUAUUGUUUAUACUGCUUUGAUCAAUAGGGAGUGAUGUGGCUUUCAUGCAGUAUAUUUUAUGUAGCUGUGCAUUGGUGUGGUGUUGGAUUGCAGCUGCAAGAUGUUUUCCUGUAGCCUAGAAGUGGUACGUGGGUGAUCUGUUAGUGAUCAUUCAAAGCUUUGGUAGCAACUGAUGUUGAAAUGACAGAAAGAACAUGUGCAUGAGUAUGCAUGUUGGUGUAUUACAUUUUAUAGCCUGAGAGGCUGCAUUAUGGUUUUGAUUUUCAGGUGAGCAUGGAGGGAGGGCACUGAAAGGAAAACGUAGCACAAAGGGUGGUGAAUGAUGGAUGUACUUGCUUUGAUUCUGUGUAGUGAGUUCAGUGCAGCAACCUCCAGCUUUAACUUAUCACAUGGGAUAGGAAUGACUAACGUAUUCCCCAUUCUUACCUUUUUUAUUUCAAAAGGCUUUCCCAUUCCCUAGUUUGACCAAUCUCCUACAUUCAGCUUUUAAAAGUAGAAUGUAGCACUUGCACCAGCAGGCUGUUCAGCUAGCAAUACCAAUUCCAGUUUAUUUCACUGUGUGAGAAGCAUGGCUAAAGUGGCUCUGAAAACAUGACCAUUGCAAGAGUUCUUGAAGACCUGACUCGGCUCAGGGUGCUGGCUUGGCAAAAGGAAAAAUAGUGACUGACAGCACUUCUGGGCAUUAACUUUGGAGAAGGCUGGGUUGGCAAACUAGUGAGCCCCUAUAUCUGAAGGUGACUUAGAAAUGAGGACUAUAAGGCACAGCUUUGAGAGGGGCAGCUCGUUUGUUCUGCAGCACAGUUGCACAGAGAAGCCUUCUGGAGACUGCAUUCAAAGGACUCCUGUCCCUAUAAAGCGCACAUAUCCACCUCAGGCAUGUAAGGGGGUGCUGCUCACUUUGUAAUUGGGAGUGUAGGAGAGAAACUGCCCUUAACUAGUUUGAGAAGCUUUUAGGCUUGAUAUGGGGAGGGUGAUGAUUAUAUGUACCAUCAGUUUCUGAUCUCUUACUUUUAUUAGCUUUAACAUGUCAUAUCGCCACCUAGGAUGCAAAAACAUACUUACUGGUUUAGAAAACUGGGACUUUGGUCUGUGCAGACUGUAAGAGAGGAAAAA